AUGCCGGCGACCAACCAGGGCUGGCCCGAGUCGUUCGGGUUCGGGAUAAGCGGCUCGGGGCCGUGCUACAUCCUGUGGGUGCAGGAGGGCAGCAGCGCGGCGCUGGCGGGGCUGCGGCCCGGGGACGAGGUGCUGGAGCUGGAGGGACAGCCCGUGUCCCGCCUGGGCCGGGAGGCGCUGCGGGGCCUGGCCCGGCGCUGCGGCAGCGUGCCCCCCAGCAUCGGCGUGGUGUCGCGGCUGCAGCGGGCCAGCAUCCCCCCGGGGCCCCGCGGCUGCUUCGGCUUCGAGCUGGGCAGCGAGAGCCCCCCGCGGGUGGCCAGCGUGAGCCCCGCGUCCCCCGCCGCGGCCUGCGGGCUGGAGCCCGGCGAUCUCCUGCUGGAGGUGGACGGGACCCCGGUGGCCGUGCCCGAGGCCGCGGCCGCGCUCGUGGGGUCGUGCCGCGGGCGGUGCCUGCGCCUGGCGCUGCUGCGGCCGCAGUGCGGGGACACGGCUGGGGACACUGCCGGGGACACUGCCGAGGACAUUGCCGGGGAUAUCACGGGGGACACCGCCGGAGAUAACAUGGGGGACACCGGGCCCAGCGCCGGCCCCACGCACCGGGACAGGAGGCAGAAGGCGCAGGAGUUCAGCAGGAAGGUGGACGCCAUCCUGGGGCAGCAGCCGCAGCUGAAGGAGAAGCUGUUCGCGGUGCUGAAGCAGUACGCGGCCCAGAGGAGCGUGGAGUGCCUGGCCCGCGGCCUGAGCCCGCUGCUCACCCACGAGUGCCACCAGCCCCUGGUGGACAGCAUCAGGAUUUUCAUCCCCAAGAAGCACCGGCAGCGCUUUGACGAGGUGGUGUCGCAGAGCCUCAUCAGCAAGCUGUGCCGCUCCCGCAGCGAGCACGGCAAUCGCCUGCGCCGCAGCCGCAGCGAGGACCAGCAGGAGCGGCUGCUCGUGUCCACCCGCGCCAGCUCCGUGCCCCGCAGCCACGAGGAGCUCAGCAAGAGCCUCCGCAAAACCUCCUCGCUCGUCAGCAGCAAUGUGGCCUCGGGGGCUGCCCGCAGAACCGUGCGAGUUUAUAAAGGCAACAGGAGCUUUGGCUUCACCCUCCGCGGCCAUGCCCCGGUGUGGAUCGAGUCUGUCCUGCCAGGGAGCCCGGCGGAGAAGGCUGCGCUCAAAGCUGGAGACAGGAUCCUGUUCCUCAACGGCCUGGACAUGAGGAACUGCUCCCACGACAAGGUGGUGUCGAUGCUGCAGGGCAGCGGGGCCAUGCCCACCUUGGUGGUGGAAGAGGGCAUCGUCAGCUUCUCCAACGACUCUGACUCUGCUGAGUCCCCGAGCAGCUCCUCGGCCCUCACCUCCCUGCAGUGGGUGGCAGAGAUUCUCCCCUCUAGCAUCAAGAUCCAGGGAAGGACGUUCACGCAGCAGCUGGAGCACCUGCUGACCCCCCCCGAGCGUUUCAGCGUCUGCAAGGCCCUGGAGGGCUUCUUCCACCACCGGACCAUUGACACUCUCAUUGUGGAUGUGUACCCGGUGCUGGACACCCCAGCCAAGCAAGUCCUCUGGCAGUUUAUCUACCAGCUGCUGAGCUACGAGGAGCAGGAGCACUGCCAGCAAAAGCUGGACAGGUUUCUGGGGUGCAAGGCCUUGGCAGCCGAGGCAGAGGCUGAGGAUCGGUACCGCAGCUCCAUCCGAGGCGCCUCCCUGUGCCGGGGCAGCCUCAGGACCCCCCGGCCCGAGGAGGGGGCAGCAGGCAGUGACACCGUGGAGGUCCCCGUGCGCCUGAUCCCUGGAGAGAGACAGGCUGGAGAUGGCACGUCCCUCCCGGAGACACCCAACCCCAAAAUGAUGUCAGCUGUGUACGCGGAGCUGGAGAACCGCCUGAUCGGGGGCUUUGGCGGCAAGGUGGGCAACGCUGCCCUGCACAGGACAUCCCCCCCUGCCCCCGAGCUGCCACACGCUGCUGCAGGUGGCCGCAAGCCGGGGCUGGCGUGGCCGAGCGAGCUGGCGAGCCAGCCGUGCUACUACCGGCUGCACAGCAGCGUGGCCUCGCCCUGCAGCACCGAGUCCAACCCCUACGUGAGCCUGGACAGCAGCCCGGCCCCGUCGCCCACGCGCCGGCCGCGCUCGCCGCUGUCGCGACGCAAGAAGCUGUUCACCUUCUCGCGGCCCCCGCGCAGCCGCGACACCGACCGCUUCCUGGACGCGCUCAGCGAGCAGCUGGGCCACCGCGUUACCAUCGUGGAUGAGUUCCUCACCCCCGAGAACGACUACGAGGAGAUGAGUUUCCAGGAUGACCAGGGCAGCUAUGUCACCAACGAUGUCAGCAGCAGCGAGUACAUCAGCAGCAGCGACGAGGGCAGCUCCCUGACCUACUCCACGCUCUCGGACCACAUCCCGCCCCCUCCGCUCAGCCCCCCGCCCCCGCCGCCCCCCCUGCCGUUCCACGACCCCCAGGGCGGCCCCGCCAAGGCCGAGCCCCCCAAGGGCAGCGUGGCCCCGGUCCCCAAGUCCCUGGUGAGCCACCUGCACCCGGUGCCGCCGCCGCCGCCGCCGCCUCCGCCGCCCCCCGUGCCCUGCGCCCCCGCCCUGCACCGCGGGCUGCUGCACCGCCGCAGCGACUCCAACCACAUGAGCGUCAAGAGGCUGCGCUGGGAGCAGGUGGAGAACUCGGAGGGCACCAUCUGGGGCCAGCUCGGGGAAGACUCUGACUAUGACAAGCUCAGUGACAUGGUCAAAUACCUCGACCUGGAGCUGCACUUUGGCACUCAGAAGCCCACGAUUUCUCUUCCAGAGCCAACUCUCAUGCCUGAAAACUUUAAAAAGAAAGACGUGGUUGAAAUUUUGUCCCACAAAAAGGCCUACAACACAUCCAUCCUGAUCGCGCACCUGAAGCUGUCGCACGCGGAGCUGCGGCAGAUCCUGAUGACGAUGGAGACGGAUCGCCUGGAGCCCUCCCACAUCAAGCAGCUGCUGCUCUACGCCCCGGAUGGGGAGGAGGUGCAGCGCUUCCAGAGCUACAAGGAGAGCCCCGGCAAGCUCAGCGAGCCCGACCAGUUCGUGCUGCAGAUGCUGUCGGUGCCCGAGUACAAGAUCCGCCUGCGCAGCCUGCACUUCAAGACCACCCUGCAGGAGAAGACCGAGGAGAUCAAAGCCAGCUACGAGUGCAUCUGCAAGGCCUCCCUGGAGCUGAAGAGCAGCAAGAAGCUGGCAAAGAUCCUGGAGUUCGUGCUGGCCAUGGGGAACUACCUGAACAACGGGCAGCCCAAGACCAGCAAAACCACAGGCUUUAAAAUCAACUUCCUCACCGAGCUGAACACGACCAAGACUGUGGAUGGGAAAUCCACCUUCCUGCACAUCCUUGCCAAAUCCCUCAGCCAACACUUCCCAGAGCUCCUGGGCUUUGCCAAGGACCUUCCCACGGUGCCGCUGGCUGCCAAAGUGAACCAGAGGACCCUGACAGCCGACCUGAAGGACCUGCACAGCACGGUCAGUGACAUCCAGAAGGCUUGUCACAGCAUGCCCGCCACCGCCGAGGACAGGUUUGCCAUUGUCAUGACCUCCUUCCUGGAGAGUGCCCAGCCCGCCAUGCGCUCCCUGGACGACCUGCAGCACAAGGCCAUGGAGGAGUUCAGCAAGGUGCUGUCCUUCUUCGGGGAGGACUCAAAAAUGACAACCUCCGAAGCCUUCUUUGGCAUUUUUGCAGAAUUCAUGAGCAAGUUUGAGCGGGCUCUCAGUGACGUGCAGGUGGGCGAGAGCCAGCGCAGCCCCAGGAUGACCUCUCCCCUGGCCUGGUGACGGCCUGCAGCCACCUGAGGUGCAACAGCUCCUUGCCAACAAAGUGCAAUUUGCUCCUGUCCAGCCUGGUGUAAAUACGCUGCUGCCUCCUGCUCCCAGCCAGCAGGGUCACCGACAGAGGGGCCGGGGCAGGCACUGAGGAGGCACCGCAGGUGACACAGGGUGACAGAGGGUGACACAAAGACAAACCCUGCACUGGUCCUCACAGAGCUUCCUCAGCACCCUCCAACUCCAUAGAUCCCUGAGCCCGGGGUUUGUGUCCAUCUGGUAAAACCCCACUGAACCACGUUCCCCAAACUCCUGUGACUGGAGACCUUCCCCACACCCCCACGGGCACUGCCCGAGCCGGGGGGCACUGCCCAGCAGCCCUGGGCUGGGGGAGAGCCACAGAGCCCCCGGGCAGCCCAGCAGGGAAGGGAGCAGGGGGAUGAGCAGCAGGGAGGGCACCUCCCGCUCCUCUGGGGAUGCUGCUGAGCCCUGUCCAGCCCCUCUCCAAGCCCCUCUGCCCCAGAGCACAGGGGGAACAGCAGAGCAGAGAGCACCGGAGGUGGCCCAGGAGCUCCAGUUCCCUCCCCUGGCAGCCAGUGGCAGUGCAGAGCAGCAGGACCCUGCAGGACCCUCCUGGCACAUCCCCGAGGUCCCGAGGAUGGAUCCGGUCUGAUCCUUCCAGCUCACGGCUCCUUCCUGGCCCUCGGCUCUGCACAAAGCUGUGCCAGAGGCUGACAGGCCUUGAAACCCUCCCAAGAGAGCAACACCAUCAGCACGAGGUUGCUGGAACUCGCCAGCAGGCAGCCCUGAACAGUUCCAUGGCUCUUGGAAAGCACAGAAUGCCCGGGAGCCUGAAUGGGAGCAGGAGGGCUCUGCAGCCCCAGGUGCUGCUCCGGGCACGGCACGGGGGAGCAGGGCAUCACCCUAGAGGGGUUUAACAGCCCUUUGGAUGUGGCACCUGGGCACAGUGCUUGGGUGAGGGGUGGCUUUGGCAGAGCAGGGGCAGCAGCUGCACUGGAUGGCCUGGGAGGGCUUUCCCAACAUAAAUGGUUCCACCAUCCUGGGACCCCCUUUGCUGCAGGAGCAGUUUUCGUGGGGGAUAUCCCAGGGAGCUCCAGGAGUGUCCACGGCCACCUUCCAGUGUGCACACCCAUCUCUUGAUGUGCACACCCACCUCCAGAUGUGCACACCCACCUCUCAUCGUGCCCAUCCCUCUCCCAGCUGCCCGGACCCUCCUGGAUCCCCCCGUUGUGCCCCUGGCACGGAGGGACAGCGUUCCACGGCUGCUGCUUGCGCCUGCGGGGGCUCCCGAGCUCUCUCCGUGCUUUGUGGGCAUCCCCUCCGUGCAAAACCCACCCGUGUCCCCGUGUCCCCCGUGUCCCCGCAGCCAGCGCCGUGUAGGUCCCGCCUGCCCGAGGCCGGAGCAAGGGCUCCGUGUCCCGCAGCCGCCGCCGCUCCGGGACACCAUCACCGACCGGUGCAUUAUUUCGUUAUUUACGGGAGACCUUACGACCCUCGGAUCUCCGGGUUUUGGUAUUUUUUUUAAACCCCGCUGUAGAAAGUGAGGUAUAUUUUCACAAGUGUUCUCCGUUUAUACAGCUUUAAGUGCCAGGUAGUGGGUAGCCUCGUGUUCCCAGAGGUCCAGGACAGGGCCACGCUCCCUCUGCUCCUCUCUCCCUUUUGGAUGUUGCACACUGCAUUCUGUUAUUUAUCCUUUUUUUUAAAAAAACAUGUCCAAUAUUUAAACCACCAGAGGUUCUUUUGAAACUGUCCCGACAGAAGAUGCUGUACAUAGAUUUUGCUACAUGUUGUAACUUUCUGAAAUAGUUAGAACUCCAAUCCCUUUGGUAUUUUUAUGUGAAUAUUUUCAAAGAGCCAGAACUUCUGGCGAUAAGAUUUGAUAAGGGGACGAUGUAUAUUCCCGGUUCAGUCUCUACCCAAUGCCUAUGUGCUAUUCCUGAAAUAAAGCUACUGCC